CCCCGCCGCACCAAUGCCUCCGCCGCCCGCCUGCUGGGUAUUCCUGCUGAUCCUGCUCUGACCUUAGGGCCCCCGACCUCUCCCUGCUUGGGAGCGAACUACUUUUAAUUCCAAGGAAAAACUGGAAGCACAAUGGGAGAUGACAGUGAAUGGUUGAAAUUGCCAGUUGAUCAAAAAUGUGAACACAAGCUGUGGAAAGCAAGGUUAAGUGGAUAUGAAGAAGCCCUGAAGAUCUUCCAGAAAAUAAAGGAUGAAAAGAGCCCAGAAUGGUCCAAGUUCUUAGGAUUGAUCAAAAAAUUUGUCACUGAUUCCAAUGCAGUGGUUCAACUGAAAGGACUAGAAGCUGCACUUGUUUAUGUUGAAAAUGCCCACGUAGCAGGAAAAACCACAGGAGAAGUUGUAUCAGGUGUUGUUAGUAAAGUAUUCAACCAGCCUAAAGCCAAAGCCAAGGAACUUGGCAUAGAGAUUUGUCUCAUGUACAUAGAGAUUGAGAAAGGAGAGGCUGUGCAAGAAGAGCUUCUAAAAGGCCUGGACAAUAAGAACCCCAAGAUAAUUGUGGCCUGUAUAGAGACACUGAGGAAAGCCUUAAGUGAAUUUGGUUCCAAAAUCAUCUUGCUUAAGCCUAUUAUCAAAGUAUUGCCAAAACUCUUUGAGUCUCGAGAAAAGGCUGUUCGAGAUGAAGCCAAACUAAUUGCUGUGGAGAUUUAUAGAUGGAUUCGGGAUGCUCUGAGACCCCCAUUACAAAAUAUAAAUUCUGUUCAGUUGAAAGAACUUGAAGAAGAAUGGGUCAAACUGCCAACAGGUGCUCCUAAACCAAGUCGGUUUCUGCGUUCCCAACAAGAAUURGAAGCUAAAUUGGAACAGCAGCAGUCUGCUGGUGGAGAUGCUGAGGGAGGUGGUGAUGAUGGUGAUGAGGUGCCUCAAAUAGAUGCUUAUGAGCUUUUGGAAGCAGUAGAGAUCCUUUCCAAACUUCCCAAAGACUUUUAUGACAAAAUUGAAGCAAAAAAAUGGCAAGAAAGAAAAGAAGCCCUGGAGGCUGUAGAAGUACUAGUGAAGAACCCCAAAUUGGAAGCGGGUGACUAUGCAGAUUUAGUAAAAGCAUUAAAGAAGGUUGUUGGAAAGGACACCAAUGUCAUGUUAGUAGCUUUGGCAGCAAAAUGUCUUACUGGCCUGGCUGUUGGGCUAAGAAAGAAAUUUGGACAAUAUGCAGGACAUGUUGUGCCAACCAUUUUGGAGAAAUUCAAAGAGAAGAAACCUCAAGUUGUACAAGCCUUACAGGAGGCAAUUGAUGCAAUCUUCCUUACUACCACACUACAGAACAUCAGUGAGGAUGUUUUAGCAGUAAUGGAUAAUAAAAAUCCAACCAUUAAGCAACAGACAUCUCUUUUUAUUGCAAGAAGUUUCCGUCACUGCACUGCCUCUACCCUGCCAAAGAGCUUGUUAAAGCCUUUUUGUGCUGCUCUACUUAAGCACAUCAAUGAUUCUGCUCCUGAAGUCAGAGAUGCUGCAUUUGAAGCAUUGGGUACAGCUUUGAAGGUGGUUGGUGAGAAAGCAGUAAACCCAUUCUUAGCCGAUGUAGACAAACUCAAACUUGAUAAGAUCAAAGAAUGUUCAGAAAAAGUAGAAUUGGUUCAUGGUAAGAAAGCUGGACUAGUAGCUGAUAAGAAGGAAUUUAAACCUGUGCCUGGAAGGACUACUACUUCAGGGGCUGCAGGAGAUAAAGACACAAAGGACAUUUCAGCACCCAAACCAGGACUCUUAAAAAAGGCACCUACUGCUAAGGCUGGGGGACCACCUAAGAAGGGGAAACCAGCUGCACCAGGAGGUGCAGGGAACACUGGAACCAAGAACAAGAAAGGACUGGAGACCAAAGAAAUUGUGGAGCCAGAACUCUCGAUGGAAGUUUGUGAAGAAAAAGCUUCAGUUGUCCUUCCCCCUACCUGUAUACAGCUACUAGACAGCAGUAACUGGAAGGAAAGGCUAGCCUGUAUGGAAGAGUUCCAAAAGGCUGUUGAACUAAUGGAUCGUACUGAAAUGCCAUGCCAGGCAUUAGUGAGGAUGCUGGCCAAGAAACCUGGAUGGAAAGAAACUAAUUUUCAGGUGAUGCAGAUGAAGCUUCACAUAGUUGCUUUGAUUGCCCAAAAGGGAAAUUUUUCCAAAACGUCAGCUCAGAUUGUUUUAGAUGGACUUGUAGACAAAAUUGGAGAUGUAAAAUGUGGAAACAAUGCAAAGGAAGCUAUGACAGCAAUAGCUGAGGCUUGUAUGUUACCAUGGACUGCUGAACAGGUUAUGUCAAUGGCUUUCUCACAGAAGAAUCCCAAGAAUCAGUCAGAAACUCUGAAUUGGCUAUCUAAUGCAAUAAAAGAGUUUGGUUUUUCUGGUGUAAAAGUCCUGUUUGCUGGACACAGUGGUGCACACCUGUGUUCCCAGUCCUUGUGGAGUCUGAGGCAAAAGGAUUACCAGAAAUCUGCUGUGUUUACUGUGCAGCAGACAUUGAAUAUACUCCAGCAGUUGGCAGUAGCCAUGGGCCCAAACAUCAAGCAACAUGUAAAGAACUUGGGCAUCCCUAUCAUCACAGUCCUUGGAGACAGUAAGAACAAUGUUCGAGCUGCUGCGCUAGCAACUGUGAAUGCUUGGGCAGAACAGACAGGCAUGAAGGAAUGGCUGGAGGGAGAAGAUCUUUCUGAAGAGCUCAAAAAGGAAAAUCCUUUCUUAAGGCAAGAGCUUCUGGGCUGGCUGGCUGAGAAACUACCUACUCUUCGUUCCACCCCCACAGACCUUAUCCUUUGUGUUCCUCAUCUUUACUCCUGCCURGAAGAUCGAAAUGGAGAUGUUCGAAAGAAGGCCCAAGAUGCUUUGCCAUUCUUUAUGAUGCACUUAGGAUAUGAAAAAAUGGCUAAGGCUACUGGGAAACUAAAGCCAACUUCUAAAGAUCAAGUAUUGGCCAUGCUAGAGAAAGCCAAAGCUAACAUGCCAGCCAAGCCUGCUGCUCCUGCUAAAGCAACAUCCAAACCAAUGGGAGGGUCAGCUCCAGCCAAAUUCCAGCCUACAUCAGCACCUGUUGAAGAUUCUGUUUCCAGCACCAUAGAAGCUAAACCUGAUCCAAGAAAGGCCAAAGCUCCAGGGGUUUCCUCUAAAGUAAAGGGUAUACAAGGAAAGAAAGUGCCAAGCAAAACCAGCUUAAAGGAAGAUGAAGACAAAUCUGGGCCUAUUUUUAUUAUUGUUUCAAAUGGAAAGGAGCAAAGAAUGAAAGAUGAAAAAGGAUUGAAGGUGCUGAAGUGGAAUUUUACUACCCCACGGGAUGAAUAUAUUGAACAACUCAAGACUCAAAUGUCUAGCUGUGUAGCUAAAUGGUUACAAGAUGAGAUGUUUCACUCAGACUUUCAGCAUCACAAUAAGGCCCUUGCUGUCAUGGUUGAUCACUUGGAGAGUGAAAAAGAAGGUGUCAUUGGUUGCCUGGAUCUUAUCUUAAAAUGGCUUACCCUACGUUUUUUUGACACCAAUACAAGCGUCCUAAUGAAAGCACUGGAAUAUUUAAAAUUGCUCUUCACCCUGCUGAGUGAGGAGGAAUAUCAUCUUACUGAGAAUGAAGCAUCUUCCUUCAUUCCCUAUCUCAUCCUCAAGGUUGGAGAACCAAAGGAUGUCAUUCGUAAAGAUGUUCGUGCCAUCCUGAAUCGGAUGUGCCUUGUCUACCCAGCCAGCAAGAUGUUCCCCUUCAUCAUGGAAGGAACCAAAUCCAAAAACUCUAAGCAGAGAGCAGAGUGCCUGGAAGAGCUGGGAUGUCUAGUCGAGUCUUAUGGCAUGAAUGUUUGCCAGCCAACCCCAGGAAAAGCCUUAAAAGAGAUUGCUAUUCACAUAGGUGACCGAGACAAUGCUGUACGAAAUGCUGCACUCAACACCAUUGUAACAGUAUACAAUGUACAUGGAGAUCAAGUGUUCAAACUGAUUGGAAAUCUUUCUGAAAAGGAUAUGAGUAUGCUUGAGGAGAGGAUUAAGCGAUCUGCAAAGAGGCCCUCUACUGCACCAAUGAAACAGGUGGAAGAGAAACCUCAGCGCAUGCAGAACAUAAGCUCCAAUGCUAACAUGCUACGCAAGGGACCAGCUGAAGACAUGUCCUCCAAACUCAACCAAGCCCGAAGCAUGAGUGGGCAUCCUGAGGCAGCCCAAAUGGUUCGCCGAGAAUUCCAGCUGGAUCUAGAUGAGAUUGAGAAUGACAAUGGUACAGUUCGAUGUGAAAUGCCAGAACUUGUUCAGCACAAACUGGAUGACAUUUUUGAACCAGUCCUUAUUCCUGAACCCAAGAUCCGAGCUGUUUCUCCACACUUUGAUGAUAUGCACAGUAAUACAGCAUCCACAAUCAAUUUCAUUAUCUCCCAAGUAGCCAGUGGUGACAUCAACACAAGUAUCCAAGCUCUGACACAGAUAGAUGAGGUCCUGAGACAGGAAGACAAAGCUGAAGCUAUGUCUGGCCACAUUGAUCAGUUCCUGAUAGCCACGUUCAUGCAGUUAAGACUCAUCUACAACACACAUAUGGCAGACGAGAAGUUGGAGAAGGACGAGAUCAUCAAGUUGUAUAGCUGUAUCAUUGGCAACAUGAUUUCGCUAUUUCAGAUAGAGAGCCUGGCCCGGGAAGCUUCCACUGGAGUACUGAAAGACCUGAUGCAUGGCCUGAUCACCUUAAUGCUGGAUUCUCGUAUUGAAGAUCUAGAAGAAGGACAACAGGUGAUCCGCUCUGUGAACCUCUUGGUGGUAAAGGUUCUGGAGAAGUCAGACCAGACCAACAUCCUGAGUGCGCUACUUGUUUUGCUCCAAGACAGCCUACUAGCAACAGCCAGUUCUCCCAAAUUCUCAGAGCUUGUUAUGAAGUGUCUCUGGAGAAUGGUUAGACUAUUGCCUGACACUAUCAAUAGCAUUAACCUGGACAGAAUUCUUCUGGACAUUCACAUUUUCAUGAAGGUCUUCCCCAAAGAGAAACUGAAGCAAUGCAAAAGUGAAUUUCCCAUAAGGACCCUAAAAACCUUGCUACACACCUUAUGCAAAUUAAAAGGACCCAAGAUCUUAGACCACCUCACGAUGAUUGACAACAAGAAUGAGUCUGAACUGGAGGCCCACCUCUGCCGGAUGAUGAAGCAUAGUAUGGACCAGUCUGGGAGCAAGUCUGAUAAGGAGACAGAAAAGGGAGCAUCUCGAAUAGAUGAAAAAGCAUCAAAGGCCAAAGUGAAUGAUUUCUUAGCUGAGAUUUUUAAGAAGAUUGGAUCUAAAGAAAACACUAAAGAGGGUCUAGCAGAGUUAUAUGAAUAUAAGAAGAAAUAUUCAGAUGCUGACAUUGAACCAUUUCUGAAAAAUUCCUCACAGUUCUUCCAGAGCUAUGUUGAAAGAGGCCUUCGGGUGAUUGAGAUGGAGAGGGAGGGCAAAGGCCGAAUUCCCACUUCAACAGGCAUCUCCCCUCAGAUGGAGGUCACAUGUGUGCCCACUCCCACAAGCACAGUGUCCUCCAUAGGUAACACAAAUGGAGAAGAAGUGGGUCCAUCUGUCUACCUGGAAAGGCUAAAAAUCCUCCGACAGCGAUGUGGUCUGGACAACACAAAGCAAGAUGACAGACCUCCACUGACCUCUUUGCUCUCCAAACCAGCAAUUCCUCCAGUCGCCUCUUCCACAGACAUGCUCCACAGCAAGCUCUCUCAGCUGCGGGAAUCACGGGAGCAGCACCAGCAUUCAGACCUGGAUUCUAACCAGACCCACUCUGCAGGAACUUUGACCUCCUCCUCGUCCUCCACAACUAACAUUGACGACUUGAAAAAAAGACUGGAGAGAAUAAAGAGCAGUCGCAAAUAAAGCUGC